AUGCACGACGUCGCCCAACACGCACCGAAGACUUCCAACCUCAAAUCAGUCCUCGGCUUCGACACCGUUCGACAGUCUAGUUCCACUACCACGAGAGCCAGCAUCGACUGCACCACACCAACUACCUUCUAUCCACGACACACAUCCUCCAGAGUCGAACGUGCCAGCGUCACCAACCUCGCCGCCUUCUUCAAGGAAUCACGCUCGAACUCGACUCAAACUCAUCAACACGCGCCUCAGCUCGCCGAUACCACCACCAACACCUCCGUCCGCAGUAUGAACUCUUUAGACGCCGCCCCCCCCCGGGCCAUCAGAAGACAGCCCAUUCGCAUCGAUGCACAGGACGGGCCCUGGGCCAUUAGCGUCGCAGAGACGCCGCAUGAUGCCCGCUCAUACUCUAUUUACAUAAAGACACCGACACAUAAUCUCACCCUCACCCGUACAGCCACUGAAAUCGUCGAGUUACACGCCAAGCUCGCGGACUCAGAUGGAUCUGCCAAGCUACCCAAACUCCCUAUCGACGUGUCGACACUGCCCUCCCCUCCAAAACGCAAGUCUACCUUUCUCAACACCCUCUCUCGCCUCACCUCGCCCUCGUCAAACAAAGUAGGGCGGCAAGCGUCUCUUAGAAUUCCCAGCAGUCCCAAUUUUGGAGCCUCCCCUGCAGGCUCACAAACACCGCUCGUGUCCCCUUCACAGGAGUCCGGAGAUCCGUUCAUGUCCCUUGGAGAGUCUGUGGGCGCGCUCUCGUCUUCGAACGGUAAUAAACCACCCUCUGCUGCCGCGAGCACGCCCGCGGAUAAAAACACCAUGAUGACCAGUCUCGCAGCAUACCUGACCACGAUCGCCAACGAACCAACGCUCCGCCAGACCCGUGCCUGGAAACGGUUCGUACGUGUGAAGACGGACGAUCUCGAGAGUGUCAGAACGGAGAGGGCAAUUAAGCGGGUGAGAUCGGAUUUGGCAGCACAUGUUGGCAGCGGGAAAAAUCCGAACCCUGAAGGGUCGUUGGCGGCGUCUGUCCAUGCCAGCUCGAGGACGGUAAGCUCGAGUAACGUAAGCGAAGUCAUGGAUGGCAUCGAGAGCGUGGAGGGUACCAUGGACGGCGAGUCGAGAAUGAAUAAUGAUGGGAGCAAGAGCAUCUUGCAAGAAGGCAUCAAGGAAGAGGAAGAAGACACUGACGCCCUCGUCGAGUCCCCCCUCGGCGUUGGUACGGAAGAAGUGACUGAAGAGCGUACUACAUCCACGCAACCUGUUGAUGCUGAGAUACCUGACGAAGAAUCCGGCCCAUCACCUGUUGACGAGCCGGUGCCCUCCAUCGAUGCGGAUGCCGUUACCAGCGCUACCAAUGAAGGAGAGGUUACUACACUGCCUACGCCUAUCGCCGAUGGUCCCACGUCACGGGUUCCCCGCUCUCACUCUGCCGACCCCAGCCGUGGUCCCCGCAGGCACAGUACUUCUGCGACGCAGAUGGACGGCACAUCCUCGGCGACAACCGGCGACGAGUCAUCUAUAUCCACUACGGCUGGUCGGCGGGAGCGCAAGAAGCGGUCCCAGUCCUCCGACCCGAAUCGCAAGAAGAAAUCUCAGCGAAAGGGCAAGGGCUGCGCUGGCAAGGUCCUUCUCGUGCGCCACAAGGACAGUUCAGAGCUUUACGCCCUCAAAGCAAUCACGAAGCGGCAUGUUCUCGCUCAUCAAGAAUUGCAGCAUACACUCACGGAGCAAGCUGUGCUCAUGCGGAUGGCCAAGGAGGGCAAGGACCCCUUCGUCGUCAAGCUGUGGUGGAGCUUCCAUGACAAGGAAAACCUCUUCCUAGUAAUGGACUUUCAUCCAGGCGGUGACCUCGCGACGCAGCUUGCACGUUGGGGCAGGCUAGGCCGUGAUCGAGCCCGUUUCUAUGCUGCGGAGAUUGUUGAAGGCGUAGAGGGUCUACAUGCUGCCGGCGUUAUUUACCGUGAUUUGAAACCUGAGAACAUCCUCAUUGGCGCGGAUGGCCAUAUCGUUUUGACUGAUUUCGGCCUCUCCAAGGAAUUCCCACGGAGAAUGUCACCGAUCACGGCUCCCCCGACGCCUUCCGGGACGAGAGGUGAGUUCUAUGAGGCUACCACUCCUCCCUGGAUGAAGGGGGAGAGAGAUCUUGCGAUGGGAUGGCCAGGACAGACUAUUGGACCUGCGGAUACCACCACGACGUUUUGUGGAACUGCCGAAUACCUGGCACCGGAAGUCAUCCAGGGCUUGCCCUACAGUUAUGAAGUUGAUUGGUGGAGUUUUGGAACCAUGCUCUAUGAGAUGUUAAUGGGCAUUACCCCGUACUGGGCAAACAACCACUCUGACAUGUACGUGAGAGUACUGCAAGAUGAAUUGCAAUUUCCCGAGGAUAGAGCGAUGGAUCAGGACACGAAGAGCCUGAUUCGAGGGUUGCUUCAACGGAACCCUGCACUUAGAAUAUGCGAGCCGCGGAUCAAACGACACCCGUAUUUCUCUAUGAUCGACUGGGGGCACGUGUACUACAAACGCUACAUACGUGAGUCGGUUUCUCAAUCGGAGCCCCUCACUAUUCCACCGAUUGACCCAUCAAAUGCAAGCGAUACGCAGAACUUCGAUGAGACGUUCCUGGAUAUGGCACCAGUAUUAGAUGACCCGAACGAGAAUGCUCAGACGGAUACUGAUCAAGAACGCGACCAAACAGAUACUGAACGGACGGAUGGUGAAGAUGCCUACCCGACCCCGUCACAUUCUCGCAGUCCUUCUGUGCACCCCAAUGGUGAUGAUGACACCGUGGACGUGUUCGAUGGAUACUCGUUUAAGGGACGUCAUUCGAUGCUUAUUGAGGAAGAUGACGUAGAUGAAGAUGUUUCGGAGGAAAGUGGUGAGGUGGAGACGGAUGAAGAUCUGUCAUCGGCUGUGACGGAUGUGGUGGAUAUUUCGGCAGAACAGGCAGCAGAGAUUUCGGAGUCGCCGGUGGGCAUUGAGGAGCAGAUAUCUGAGUCUGAACCGAAGACACCUGAAGCGCGGCCACAACCAUUGCAACCCGAGUCACAGCCCAAUCUCGGCGUCCCGGCGCCUGAUGAAAGACCUGCUUCUCUUGCACCUAUUCCUUUGUCAGAAGGUCCGGCUACCCCCAGGACCAGCAAAGAAACACCCAUCAUUGCUAUACCAGCGUCACCGAAAGAACCAGCUCCGCCUUUGCCGGCCAAGGACGGGAAAACGAAGACGGCGAGGAUCGCUGCACCUGCGACGAAAGCCAAUGCGCGCACCACGCGUGGACGCCGCGAGAAAUCUGGCGUACCCGCUUUGGACCGUUUCCUAUCAGAUGGCGGGGACGAAGACGGGGAAUCGACAGAAAAGGACGACGAAGAUGAUGACUGGGACUUCAUUGAGGCAGGCGACGGUGAAGACCGUAACGGUUCCAAAGGCACGAGUUUGUUUGCACGGGGUGUCGUGGACCGGUAUAAGCUUGCUGUGUUCCGAAAAGCAUCAACACCGUCCCAGAGGCUUACCGGUCGCUCGUUCUCUGGUCUUUCAAAGGAAUCUGACCUACAUGCGGCUGAUCCCGGGGACUCGCCUAGUCCUUCAGACAAACACCGCCGAGGGCGUACGCCAGGUCUGAAGUUCCGCCGAACGCCAAAGCAGUUCCUUACUGGGAAAUCACCUUCAUCCUCCUACCCGUCCAAGAAUGGGAGCUCCUCGAAGACUCCUACGCAUUCCACCACGAACACUACUACCCUUUCGUCGAUGUCAAGUAAUGGACUAUUGACACCGUCUGCAACCUCUAUGCCCAUACCUCCUUCAUUGAAGUCGAAAGAGUCGGCGGUGUCCGUUGGCGAACAGAGUGCGUCGUCGGAUCAAUCCAAUGGGGAAGCUCCGCCACCAGAUCUUUUUGCGUCCCCGGAAGUCGUCAAAGUUUCCUCGAGCGCACCCCAGUCACCUGGACAGUCGGCGGCUGAGGAGCCCGGACCCGAAAGGCAUAGGAGCAAAAAGCUGAAGAAGUACAAGGAAAACGCGGAAAAAAUGCUUUCGCUUUUCGCUUCUCCCCGUUGACCACCGUCCUUUUUCUUUUUUUUUUGUUGAUCUUCUGUCCGCGCCACUGGGGGCCGGAUCCUUGGCGUCGUCGACUCUUUAAUUCCAAACAUGCAAACAAACACGUCUCCCUAUCUUGUGUAAGCUUCAUAUUUUCUGUCUCUCUCUCCAGUCUCAUUAUCAUCAUGCAUUGUUUCUACACUACUUUAACAGUCUCACUUUCCUUUUUUUCUUUCUUUGCUUAUUUCCGCGCUUUUUUAACACCUGCCGGUUCUCUUGUUGACUAUUACUACCAUCAUGCCUCUUUUUUUUUAUAAGAAAAAGAAAAAUCAAGCAAAAAAAAAGCGGCUUCAUCACCGAACCAACAGCCCUUUCCUCUCGGUCAUAAUUACUUGAUGUCCUUUUUUCUCCUUGUCUGUCAUUACCUGCAUUGCUGUUGUCUU